AUACGUCGGUGACCUUUUCGCAUUCAGCUAGGCUGUUGUUUUUGAUGAAUACCAAUCCCCUUCUUCGCGCGGUAUCCGGUCAUUCUCACCGGGUGCGCCGAUGAAGCCGUGGCGUAUUCAGAAGCCAAUCUGGAUUCAGCGAAUUUACCUGGCGCUCCAAAUUCGAGGGUAGCUUAGGAGCUAGAGGCUUUGUGAAAAAAAGAAGGCACCUACCAGCUAGGCCGUUUCUGGUUGAAUGGAACUACGGGGUGAAAUAUUAGAGGCCGAAUGUUCUGUUGGAGUUGGGGAUUGGAGGGCGCAAAUACGAGUCUCAUGAGCACCAGUAGCGACCUCUUUUCCGACAUAUGUAUGAUAACAAGCAUCUAGUACGGCUAAGGUACUUCCUGUUUAUACAUACGUGCGACGUUAUACCCGAUUGAAUAGUAGUUUUCGCAACCUUUCGACAGUCGUAUCCCUAGAGCGAAAUUGAAUAGACACAGUUCAGGCAGACGCACGUACAUCUUACUCCCCUUUCCUAGCUUCGAUUUAGCAGAAAUUGUCCCAUGCGUCGUCAUUCAUACUUCGUGGAAUGAUACCGAGUAGUCGUCAUGACCGAAAGCGCCAUUGCAGAGCAUCUUCAGCAGGAGAGGACCCUGCCAGCAAGAACGCCACAGAAUUAUCACCCCGCAUACCCAGUCUACACCACUCGAUGGGGCAAGAAUGUCACCGACCUCGUCAUGGCGGUGUUGGGAACGCAAUUCUCGACUCGAAGCAAUCAGGCCGACGAAGCCAGGGCCAAACUUCUCUCUUUCUUAGAACCUGACAGCACUGAUAUCUCGACAAGACCUAGCUUCAGUGAAGUCACGUCGGUGACGGAUGCCAGAGGUCAUUAUAAUGAGGCAAUUAUCGCCUAUUGGCCUAGCAUCACAGCGUACAGGCAAUGGGCUGUAGAAAGCGGAUUCCAACAAUGGUGGGACGCGCUUGACGCUGAGCGCGAAUCACACGGCUGGUUCCUCGAAGUUUUCUUCCCAACAAUGGAUAGGAUAGAGACCGUGUAUACCAAUAACGAGGUAGGCGAGGGUGCGGCGCAUAUGAGGGACAGCUUCAGCGGUGCGAUAGCCGAGCAUGGCUAUUGGGGUAGCAUGCGCGACCGCCUGCCUGCGUCGCAGACAAAUCCCCUCGACGGCGAUAAAGUGGACUGGAACGCGAAAGAGACGGAAGACUCGGCGGGUAGCGCAAAGCGUCGGAUUCGCGUUCCCGGAACCCCGAAUCUGGCUGUCAUCCGCUCCGCGCAGGACUGGGCGGACACGAGCCCCGCGGAGCGCGAGCUGUAUCUCAACGAGAUGCAUCCUGUGCUGGUGAAGGGGAUGGACUACAUCCGCGAUUACGGCUAUGAGACCGGGUGUUACAGUUGUCGUCUCAUGGACGUCGUGGACGCCAAGACGGCAAAGGCGGAUCGCGACCGCACGUUCGGGCUCGCAUAUUUCGACGAGCUGGCGUCGUUGGAACGCUGGAGCAGAGAACAUCCCACGCACCUUGCUAUUUUCGGGGGCUUCUUUCGUUAUGCCAAGAAACUCAACAACCAAAUCACAUUGCGCUUGUCUCACGAGGUACUGGUGCUGCAGCCGGAGCAACAGCUUUUUGAAUAUGUCGGUUGUCACGCUGCCACUGGUAUGCUGACUUCCGUGUACGGGCAUCCAGGGCUAGCUCAGAUAACUUGACGACAACACUUUUCGGUAAUUACUUGGACCAAUGUAUGACUUAGUAGGAUAAUACGGUUGAAAUGAACUAGUCUUCUCGCGAUCGUUGUAAUAGGCGAAGGAGACUCGCGCCGCUCUCACACUUAUAUGUAUUACUGCCUUCGCCCCUCAAAUCUACGGUCCUGGCGGCCUUUUUUUUCUAUUACACCUCAUUAUAACAGCCUUCUCUCGUAUCGUAUAUUUGGCUCAGCAAAUUUACUUCAAAACGAUCAGUGGUGAGGUGUGCAAUAUUGAUAACUCGGUUCGGGGGUGUCGCUGAUUUAUCAUCGCUGCCUCCGAGCCCUUAGAGUUAAUUCACUUCUUUCUUUACCCUAAUCAUACCAUUUAUAUCUAACCAGAGGGAUAUACCCCUAUACCGUAAAUAUCAAGUCAACAAUGUCUCCCGCCCCCCCUUUUUUAUGGAAAGAGGGAGAUAAGAGGAAAGUCUAUU